AUGUUUCCGCAAGCCUGGAGCAAGAUCACCAGGAGAACAAAAUCAAAAAGAGGGUCACAAAGGCCUGCGAUCGCUGUAGAGUCAAAAAGGCCAAGAUAUGUCGAAAUGCUCGAGAGCGAUCGCCAGCGCUUGAUUGAUGGGCUCCAAAAGUUAUAUCGAUACACGAGUGGAGCAUGUCCCCGAGACUCGGUUAUACUUCCUCCAAGUGGGCAAGAGCAACCUCUCGUCCACGAGAUCCUGAGUCGACUACACGUAUUGCCCGCAGAGUCAGAAAGUCAGAAGCCUCCUUGCCAGCGGUCUAGCACCGAGACAACGAUAGAUUCGUCUGCGACGGAUACAUUUAAUAUGAUGAUAUCCAGUGGCAGUCUUUGUGAAGACGGUGCGAUGUCACCGCCACCACCCGCGGGGAUCGACAUCCCAAUGACUGAACCGCUAUGGUCGAUGCUUGACUCCGGGUAUACAGUUCGGAACCAGGACUUGGUAACGAUAUCCGACGCGAUGACAAACUCCAAGGUACUACAAGCGUGGGAAGAGUGGCCCAUGCAGAUGGCUACGGGUCAUUUGUUCUCAACUACAUUCAGUCUCGACAACGGGUUUAUGGAUGAAACCCAAUGGCUUCCAUACAAUGCAAUAACCGACUGGAUGGGUCUUACAUGA